AAAAUGAAAAUGUGAAAUUACAUAGAUACAAUACAACAACAGUGCCAUCAGGAAAUGGUGAAACUUUAGUACCAGAAGGUUCUAUAGCAAUAAUAAGAUUAAAAGGAGCAUUAAGAAGAGUAUUUUAA